AUGUUCUCCACCACCAUGAACUCCUCAAAGACCGGUCCGGCCUACAACACCCGCGCCCGCCAGCCCAUCAAGCGCUCCGCACGUGAGCUCUACGCGGAAGGCGAAGCCCUCGAAAGCUGCGCGAAGCGGCCAAAGCCCUCCUCAUCCCCCGCGCAAGCCGCGCCGACACCGUACAAUACCGCAACAGCAACCCAGCCGCCGACGCUGGACCAGAUCAAAGCCAUGAUGCUCACCUGGAUCGACGCCUGCGACAAAGCCACGGCCGCGAACAAGCGGGACGACCGACCGCACAUGGGUGAGCUGAGCAUGGCUGCGGUGUUCCUGCUCGAGGCGAAGAUGGCAGGGCCGUCGCGGAUGCCCGAACAUCUCCGCGCGCCGGUCGCGGGCAUCUUGGAGGCCAUCUGGAUGGUUGGGUGGAGGUAUUGUAUUGACGUCGUCUCGUGGGUGCCCUGCCACGACCUGGGGACUGACUUGUUGAGGGAGAGGGUCAUGAACUGGAAUACGGGGCUCAGGCUUAGGUUGAGGGGUAUCCGCAGCACGCCUGCGAUCAAGGUUGAGCCUGAGGAUUAG